UGCCAUCGCGCCUCACGCAAGCAACGGCUUUCCGUCACAGAGUCGGUCAUUUGUUGCUUCGCGCAUUGUCCCGGCAUGCAGUGGGUCGUCUUUUGGCCUUAUCCGACAUGGCUACCCCCAUGCACCGGCUGAUCGCUCGAAGGCAGGCUGAAGCAAAUAAGCAAAAUGUCCGUUGUCAAAAGUGCCUGGAGAUGGGUCACUGGAGCUAUGAAUGUACAGGAAAGAGAAAAUAUUUAUAUAGACCUUCCAGAACCACUGAAUUAAAAAGGGCAUUAAAAGAAAAAGAAGCCUGUUUAUUGCUGGGACAAUCUAGUGGCAACAGUGUUGCUGAAACAAAGAUGAAGAAGAAAAGGUCUAGAAGUGUCACAAGCUCCAGUGGUGGGAGCAGUGGGAGCAGCAGCAGCAGCUCUGAUACAGACUCUUCUUCAGACAGUGAAGACACAUCCAGCUCUUCAUCAUCUUCAGAAGACAGUGACAAGAGCACCUCCAGCUCUUCAACUUCCUUGUCCUCGCAAAGUUCAUCCUCCUCGUCUGAGUGUGACUCUGAUACAAGUGCCAGUAGCACCAGCGCAAGCAGCAGUACCAGUAGUGAAGAAGACAGUAGCUCAGAGGAUGAGCCGUUAAGAAAGAAAAGAAAGAAAUAAAAUUCACGAAAAGACCGCCUUCAAAGCUUUCUCAUGGCAUCCUUCUAAAGAUUCUACUUUUAUUAUCCGACAACCCUACAUUACAUGCUAGCAUAUGUGUAAUACAGUUGUACUUGACAAAUUCUCAGCUCUCAGUGGGGUAACUAUAGAGGAAGCAGACCCUGUGGGGUCAGGGGGCCUGGACUAUCGGGCCUGCUUCCUCUAUAGCUAACACAAUUUGCCCACGCGUAAGAGGGUAAUUGCUGGGCCCCUCUGAAUAAAUUUUAGCGGGGGGAGGGGGUCCUGCUGCUGCCAGCUCUGUUUUACUGUUUUUAUGUGGCAAAUCCCAGUUAUGUCCUCUUCUGAAAGACCAAUAAUUCCACAAUACCUCCAGGUUACACAAAGAUCAGCAGAGAAUUUAAAAGGCGGUUAUAAAUUGAUGAACCAUUAGCUAGGGAGGCCGAUUUUAUUAUGUAAAUAUGUUUUGUACAAACUGUGAAGCAAUCAAUCCCCUUCUUUAAUUUUAGACUAUAAACAGGGUGCAAACUAGGAACAAAUUUUUAAUAUUUUUUCCUUCACUCGCAAGUACUGACCUUACAAAUGAAGACAGGUGUGACUGUGAGUAUAUUUUUAGAGGGCUAAACUAGAAAGAGAGAAAUAUUUGUAAUAAUAGGUUGAGCGUUGGACUGUUUUGUCCUGCUUGUUAUACUUUGGGGAGAGGAAGAAGCCACAGACUUGAACUGUUGAAGCUAACUUGCGACAUUGUAAAUAGGAUUUAAGCUUUCUGCCAAGUGCCAUGACUUCAAACAUAGUAAUUUGACCACACCCUGGGUGGCAGCCUCUUCUAGUUUGAAAUUUGAUACAGUCAUCUUGUGUUAUGUUUUAAGUUACUUACAAUGUGUGCCUUUUUUUUUUUUAAGUAAAAAAAAAAAAUGUAGUCUUAAAUUCUAUGUUAUGUGACCGUAUGAUUGGAUUCAGAAGUUAUAACAGCAAGAAGCUGCAUUUUUAAAAAAAAUAUUUUUGGUACUGUACUGUAUGUUACAGAGAAGGAAAUAUUUUUUCAUCCGACUAUUAUAGAGCUGCAGAUGCCAGAGGUAGCGUACUUUGGGUUUUUUAGGGAUUUUCAAAUGUUGCACAAAGCCGUCUACAAUGUAGAGGAGCGUUUCAUCUUUACAAAAUGUAUCAUUUUCAAAGUUUAGCUAAUAAAUUAUACCACAAAUAAUGCCGUAUCGCAAUUGCUUACUCUUCAUACUGGUUUAGGGAGCCAGCACACAAGCAGAUUCGGGGAGAUUUAGUUGCCUGGUGACAAAUCGCCUCUUCUGCGAGGCGACAAUCUCCCCGAACUGCCUUCCGCCUGCUAUGAGAAAACUCCAGCGCCAAUGCACUCGCAGUGCUUUGAUUUCCGAAGUCGGCCGAAGUUUCCUCGUGAGGCGACUUCGGAAAUCGAAGCGCCGCGAGUGCAUUGGCGCUGGCGUUUUCUCAUUAUAGCAGGGGGAAUGUAGUUCUGGGAGAUUGUCGCCCUGCAGAAUAGGCGAUUAGUCGUCAGGAGACUAAAUCUCCCCGAAUCUGCCCUUGUGCUAGAUCCCUUAAAUAUAAACUUAAUUUCCCUCCCUCUUAACAGUUUAGAAGGUGAUCAACCUUGCUUUAUAAUCUGAUAACAUUUGAUACAAUAAUUGGUACAUUUUGUAGCAGUAUAGAAUAAUGCCAGUGACAAAUUGUUGUGUAAUAUACUUAAUAAAGAUUAAGGAACAUGCUUGGUAUGAGCUACAACAUAUGCCUGAGAAGUGUAUCAACUAAUGUAUGAAAUUGUACCAGCAAUGUGGCUUACUGAGCUGCUGCUAGGAAACAUGAGGUGCAAAACCAAUUCAUUUUUAAAAUGUACAGUUUAGUAAAAAGUAUAAAACAAAAUAGAAUAAUUAAUUGUGGUAUACUAUUUUGAAUAUGCUAAAUUUUGUAAAGGUGAACUGCCUCUAAGACACAAGGCAACCCCAUGAAUAAAUAUUGUCUUUUUUUAUUAGCAAACCUCUGUAAUCUGGAAAAAAAAUGCAUAUUUCUGUUGUCAAAAUGGCAGUUGUUGCUAAACAUGUUAUGUUUAUAAUUAUUAGCCAGAGUAUUUUUCACUUUUAUUAUCAUAUAAAGCAUCUUUUAUGCACAAGUAGCGUGAAGUAUUGGUUACACACAAGCUUGAUCCUGUAACAAGCUUUUUAAGACGGUAUGUACAUUUCAGCUGGCUUAUUCAUACUUAUAUUUGUAUACAAAUCCUAUUUUUUUUUAAAGCCUCUAGAGCAAUGUGAAUAAAGUAUGGAACCAGUAUAUAAUGAAUCACAAUGGACACUUUAACCAGAAGACCACACUUACCUCUACAUUAAGCCAACUUUGGUCUAUUGUUCAAAAUGCGUGUGACUAUCAUAGGAGUUCACUCUUAUUUGCGGCUUGUUGCCUGGAAUGGAUCUAGAUAAUUAAUGGGGAGGCAUAUUUAAACUGUGGUUGGACAGCAGGGUACAACUCUUCAGCUCCGCAUGUUUGUGCUAUUUUUGAUGGAAAUGAAAACAAAUGUACCUAUUAUAGUGAGCUGUAUUAAGUUAUCCCUUGAGGUGCGUGUAAACAUUUUAUCUGGUGUGUCAAAAUUGUCUUACUAGACAAUAAAAAGUGAAGACCAUUGUUUAAUAAAUUUGUAUUUGAGAUGA